GAAGAGCUGGUAAGUCGAGCAAAUCUACCUCGAGGAAACGGAUUGGGAAAAACCUAGCAUGAGUGCGAACAGACCGCUGGGCCGCUCCUCGCUGACAUUGGAUACAUUUUAAGGAGCUUUUCUACAAGUUCUUCCGGGUUGACGUCCGGACCUUUUGUUUUCAUGUGGCUGUGUAAGGCGGGUUUUCCGGCGAUGAACAUAUGCAGACGAUUGCCAGAGCAUCGGAUACGCCCCUGGCUAAAGCUAACGCUCAGGGAAUGAUGGACACACAUGCCUCCUAUAUAAACUAGCCGGCCCCGAUGGAGGAGCAUUCGCGUUCUGUGUUCCUCGGGCUUCAGGACAGAACCUCGCUACUUGCCAUGACUCGCGCUGUGAUCAUCGCUCUGCUAUUCGCUCUCACAGUUCUUGCUGUUGCCAGUGCUCAAAGGAGACGGUUCAACUUCAACUUUCAACCCCCUGCUCCACGACACCGCUUUAACGUGGAGGCGUCUGGCGGAGGCCGCAACCAUCGCAACUUCAAUGUGGGUGGUUCUGUGCACGGCGAGUACGACCUGUAUCGUAGCAGGGGCGGCACACGAGUGGUGGCCUCUGGUGGAGUUGCACACGGUGCGACACGCAUUGACGGCAAGACGUACAAAGGCAGGCCGCAAGGCUCUGUGGGCAUCGGCGUCGAGAUCCCCAUUGGAAAAGGCCGAUGAGCUGAACCACAUCUGUGUUCGCUAAGGGAUGACCUGUUUGGCGAAGCAGGACCAAUAAUAACGGACUCAUUUGCGAGACUUCAGAGCCUUCCUGGAGUUGUUGCAUGAUAUAUUUGUAUACUAACCGCUUUUAUUUGUGUGACAAUAAAUUUAGUAAAUUGGAAGUGUUUUCUAAAAAGUU